AUGGAGGCCCAGCCAUCCCCAGACUUCUCUAUGCUGCUGCGAGAGCUGCUGGCGCCACCCCGUCUGGAGCCGGAACUGCCCCCUACACCCCUCUCCAAGCGGGAGCCAGUGGAGCCAAUGACCCCCGGAUGCGGAUGCAGGUCCACCUUGCCUGUGCACCAGGCCUCGGUCGCCGCCCUGCGCUUCUUCCAGGCAGGGAGGUCCUGCUGGGAGCCAAUGGCUCUGGGGUCCCUGGCCAGGGACACCAAGAACAUGCCGACUCCAAUCAGCCAGCAGUGCGGCACCCAGGGGUCACCCAGGACUUCCCUAGCCCCCUCGGUCCUGUCCCAGAGGAGGCCCAGGAAGCAGCCGAACCCCCUCCGGGGCACUGAGAAGGUGGAUCCUGGGUUUGAGGGGGUGACCCUGAAGUUUCAGAUAAAGCCAGAUUCCAGCCUACAGAUCAUCCACAGCUACAGCCUGGCCUGCAGCAGCCGUGCUCAGGGACCCCCUGCAGGCCCUGCCAGGGGUCCUGAGGCCGACCGGGGAGGCAGCGUGGCUCUGGGGCCCCGGCGCUGUGCUUCCUGUAGGACCCAGAGGACUCCACUCUGGAGAGAUGCUGAGGAUGGAACCCCACUCUGCAAUGCCUGUGGUAUCAGGUCCUCAGAAUGCAGGAGGGGGUCCCCAGAUCAGCCCAUGCUUAGCCAGCAUAGGGUAGUGGGAAGGAAAAACACCUGCCUGUUGGGGGAAAAGUGGCUUCCUUGUGGUGGUUUCUGGGCCCCCGCUGCAUCCUGA